AUGUGCCCCAUUGACCCCUACAAUCUGAAGAUUCCUUCAGGUCACUCCCAGAGUCGUAACUGGGCCAGGCUAAUAUGUGAACGGCAGAGCCGGGAGCAGCACCGACAGGAGGAGGCCCGGCGGGUGGACAGAGAGAGGCAGCAGCAGGCCGGCCUGAGAGACGAGGACAGCUUUGAGAGGAAGAGACACCAGAGACAGCUUCAACAGGAGCACAAGGAGAGGCAAAUGGAGAGCGCUCUGAUGAAGGCAGAGGAGGAGAGAACAAACAGAGAGAAGCAACUUGAGCAGGAGGAGAGACUGGCUAAAGCGCUGGCCCGCAUCAACUGUGAGAAGCAAAGAGAUGAAAAAAUUAGGCAGUAUAUUAAAGCCAACAGCAUGGAGCUUCGAGAAUUGGAGGCGAAGCUGAAGUCUGCGUAUCUGAACAAGGAAAGAGCUGCACAGAUUGCGGAGCACGAAGCUAUGAGGUUUGAGACAAUGCGUGAGGAGGCAGACUUCAGCCGCAAGAUGAAGCGUGAUCAUGAGCGAGCGACCAUUGAGCAGCAGAAGCUGGAGCAGAGACGCCAUGAGGAGCUCCUGGAGCACCAGAGAGCGCUGGAGCAGCAGCUCAUGGAGAGGGAGCGCAAGAGACAAGAGGCGUACGAGGAGUUCCUCAAGGAGAAGCUGAUGGUCGACGAGAUUGUCAGGAAGAUUUACGAGGAGGAUCAGAUGGAGAGACAGCUGAAAAUGGAGAAGGUCCGAGCCACUCAGCAGCACAUUGAAGAGUUCAAGGAGCAGCGGGCCGAGUGGAGACGCAUGGAGCAAGAAAAGAUCGAGGCUGAGAACAGACGCAUCAUGGAGUUUGCGAGCCGUCAGCAGGAGAAGGAGGAGAACAGGAUGGCUAAGAUGCAAGAGAGAGAGGAAGCGAAGGAGUACCUCCAUAAAAUACUUUCUGAGAAGAUUGGAGAGGAGAAGCGGCAACGGGAAGAGAUGGAGAAAAUCCGUGAGGAACUUUGUCUCGAGGAACAAGAAGAGGCUAACAGGCAGAGAGAUAUUGAAGAGAUGGAGAAGAAAAUCAGACAGAGGCUGAUGAUGCAGCAGACCUGCCAGGAGCAAAUGGCUUUCAAAGAGAUGCAGAAGCAGGCGGAGAAAGAGGAAGAGGAGGCUUUCCGCAAAAUUAUGAUGGAUAAGUUUGCUGAGGACGAUCGGAUAGAGCAGAUGAACGCCCAGAAACGACGCAUGAAGCAGCUCGAGCAUAAACGCGCCGUGCAGAAACUGAUAGAGGACAGAAGACGGCAGCAUGAGGCCGACCUGGAGCUGGAGGCCAAAGAAAGGGCGAUUGAGCAGGAGAGGGAGAAUCUGCGUAGAAAGAUAAUUGAGGAAGAGAGGCAGCGACUUCUUAAAAAUCACGCAACAAAACUUCUUGGAUAUUUACCAAAGGGCUUGCUUCGUGAAGAUGAUCUGGAGCACUUUGACGAGGAUUUCAGAAAACACUUCAAGGCACGUCAGGCUGAUCUCUUUGAAGACGGCUGGGAAGGAGAAUAA